GAGGUCAACCGCGGCGGGCGAAGAGCCUGGAACGCCAAGCUGAGGCGCCUCAGACGCGUAAGGACUCUUAAGGUGGGCUUAGCACGUGCGAGCUGCUGCAGGCCCGCGAAACGGCCAGGAAGACGGAGACCCGCCGCCCCGUUAUUGUCGUUUUGGCGCGCGAAUUCGUCAAUUGGUGCGCGAAUUCGCCGCUGCUAGCGAACCCGACAAGACAGCUUCACAAGAGAGCGGCGAUGGCGCCGUGCAAGCGCCGCGCAGCUUGCGGGGCGCUGCUCUUGCUCUCGGCACUCGUCGUUUGCUUCAGUCCUGCUGCUGAGGCCUCUGCUCGCCGGCUGAAUGCUGCUACUACGCCGAUCAAGCUGACGCCCGUGAACAGCACGGCCAGUCAGCCCAAGCCUAGCCCAAGCCCCGCCGCCAGCCCUAACGCCGCCUCGACUGGUGGCGUGCCUUCCACCAAGCCUGGCGCAAAUGCAAGCCCCUCGCCUACAGCCACGCCGGCUCCUAGCUCUCCCGGCAGCGGCUCCGCCACGCAGCUGCCGGCAGGCACUAUCAGCCCCAUCGUGACCUCGGCGGGUGGCUUCGCCGCCGGCUGGCGCUCCGCCUCCUACGGCUGCAUCGAUUGCACCUGGAAUGACACACAACGGCACCGCGCCGCCGACGCCGCAUCAGUGUACGCGGCAAUGCAGCCCUGGUCCGCCCUUAUCUUCGAGAGCGACGCGGGCUUCUCCUCUUACAGCGUGCUGGACAUGUGGGUCAAGGGCGCGGGCGUGGCCCGUGUGGUCCUGUACCUGCAGGACACGCGUGGCCGCCGCCUGAGCUCUGAGGUACCCUUCAGCCGCAUGGAUGCUGCCUCCGCCGCCGCUGCCGGUGUCGAGGUGCUUGGCUCCAACGAUGACGGCUGGAUCCGCGUGCACGUCACUCUUCCGUCCUUGACCGCCGGUGGCGCGGGCGCUGGCACCUGGAACCGCAUCGUCAUCCGCGACGUUUCAGGCACGGGCUUCACGCUGCAGGUGUCCAACGUGCGCCUGGUGGCCCUGGGCCUGUCCGCCGCCUCGUGGGAGGGUGUGGACCUGACGCCGCUGGACCUGAACUUGGUCACUAACAUCAAGAUCCCCGUCUUCAACAUCGACCCGCCCGCGCUAAACCUGAGCCCCAUGUACCACGGCGGGUCUGGUGGCUCUGGUUUGCGCUACAUCAUGAAGCUGAAGAACGUGGGCGCCGCCGGUGUGGCCGCCGACGGCAGCUUUGGUGGCGCUCAGCUGGGCACGCUGCGCAGCAUCUGCCAGGAGCUGGCGGGCGCUCUGCCCAUGGGUGGCUCCCGCUUCCGCGGCAUGUGCGACCCCAUCCAGCUGCCCGCCGUGUUCGACCUCAACAUGCCCGACUCCACCGCGCUGCAGUGGCCCUUCCAGGCUUUUACCGUCAGCUCGCAGGUGGACCUAGAGGCCAUGCGCACGGCCCUGGGCAACCAGCUGGAGUACCUGGAGGUGGACAUGCUGGGCUCCAUCGGCCUGGACACCUUGCACUCCAACACCACCGCCUCGGCCGCCUCGGCCGCGGCACCCAGCGCCGCUGGCACCUGCGUGUGCACUAUGGUCUAUGCACCCGUCUGCGGCAGCGACGGCCGCACCUACUCCAACCCCUGUGAGGCCAACUGCGCGGGCGUUAAGAGCUACAAGGCCGGCGAGUGCACGGCCCAGGGCGGCGUCAACACACCUGCAGCACCGUCACCAGCUGACAACACCUCGUCCUCCUCGCCGGUCCCCCGCGAGAACUGUGCCUGCCAGGGGAUUCCCAGCCCCGUGUGCGGCAGUGACGGCAACCAGUACACAAACGCCUGUGAGGCGUGGUGUUCGGGCGUUCUGUCCUGGCGCCUGGGCACCUGCCCCGGCGGCAACGGCACCUCACCCUCGCCCGGCGGCGGCAAUUUCGGCGGUGCUGAGACUGUGGACUACUCGCCGCGCUCGUGGGGCCUGGACCGCAUCGACCAGAUGUACCUGCCCAUGGACGGCGCCUACCACCCCGGCCGCCUGGAUGGCAGCGGCUCGCACAUCUACGUGCUUGACACCGGCAUUCGCUCCACCCACUACGCCUUCAGUGGCCGUGUGGGUGCCGGCACGUCCAUGCUGGGCAGCAGCUGGGAGGAUGACCACGGCCACGGCACCCACGUCUCAGGAACCGCCAUGGGAGCCACAUACGGUGUGGCUCGUGCCGCUAUUGUCCACGCGGUGAAGGUGUGCGACAGCCAGGGCUCCGGCACCUACUCUAACUUUAUCUCCGGUCUGGGCUGGGUCAAGAACCACGUCCAGAACAACGGCAUCAAGCAGGCGGUGGUGUCCAUGUCGCUGAGCGGCCCCCGCUCCGCUUCCCUCAACGACGCCAUCCAGGACGUGGUCAACAAUGGCAUUACCGUUGUUGUCGCGGCUGGCAACAAUAACGGCGGUGACUCGUGCAGCUACAGCCCCGGCUCAGCCCCCGCCGCCAUCUCUGUGGGCUCGUCCAACCGGGAUGAUUCGCUGUCCUCCUUCUCCAACGUGGGUGGCUGCGUCUUCACCUUCGGCCCAGGCGGCUCCAUCGUGUCCGCCUACAACACGGCGGACAAUGCGGAGGCCACCAUGAGCGGCACAUCCAUGGCCACUCCCCAUGUCUCGGGCGUUGCCGCCAUGAUCCUCCAGGCCUACCCCGGCGCCUCGCCCGCCACUGUGCGCGAUAAGCUGGCUCAGGCAGCCGUGGGCAUCACGUUCAGCAGCUCCUCGCCCUCGCGCUUCCUCAACGCCCAGACCACGCGCUUGGCUCCCGCGAGCCCCAGCCCCAGCCCGACUCCGGCGCCCACGGCAGCCCCCACUCCGGCGCCCACGGCCACGCCCACUCCCACCCCGCCUCCCUGGUCGUUCACCUGGCCCUUCGAUGUCUUCAACCCGGCGCCUGCUCCUACGCAGGCGCCCAGCCCGUCACCCACUCCGACGCCCAAGCCCACGCCGGCACCGACGCCCGCGCCCACUCAGGCGCCUUUCACGCCGUUCCCGAUGCCCAACUGGUGCAGCUUCUGCGCCUGGUGCCUGACGUGCUCGUAGUGUCGUACGUGAGUCUACCCGGGCGUAGGAUGUGAUGAUGUACGUACUGUACGGAUGUUGAUCAAGAAACGGUGUAUCACGACAAUACACGUGGCCACGCGCAAGGCGUGUUUUUGGCAGAAGCCAGCGCUAUUUGAAAUAGUAUACAUGACUUGCACUUUUCCCAGCCUUGCGACGCGUUCACCACAUGCGGCAGCUUCGACUGAGCUGAAGCACUGCGAUCUUGAGUAUGACUGUGGUGUCCGGCAGUGGUCACAAGUGACCACGCGUGCCUGAACAACCAUCAAAGUGCGGGCACGCGCGCGACCAUGCGGCGUGUAACAUAGAAUUCAUACGGCCGCACCAGCUCCGGCUUUGGAAUACGGUAGACUAGUCCGGACGCCGCGUGCUGCAUACGGCAUUCACAAUGGACCUUUCUACCGCAGAUGAGUCAAUUCGGUCAAACCACUACCAACCAG